GAACAUAUGACUCUAUGCACAAUGGCUACUUUGAACUAUUUAUACAGUAAUAAAUAAAAAAAAGUAUGCAAAAGCUGUGUAGAUGCAACGUUUGUAUCUUCCUGUAAAUUUGUUUUUGUAAAAUCCUCAGUGGAAAUUGUUUAAAGUAGUCUUUAUGCAUAGAGUUGUAUGGUUUUUUAAACUUUGAAAUCAAUGGGUUUUGUUUGGUAUACAUUUUUAAGUGAGGCUCAGUGUAAUUCCGUUACCAUGGCCCUGCUACUUUUCUAUUCCGUAAUUCCCAUGAGACUUCACUUAGCUUGUUGAUGAGAACGCCAAUGGGCUAAUAAAGGUCAUAUUUGGAGCUUGGUCUGUUUUUCUGUGAGAAACAGACUUCUAAAAAUACCGUAAUAGGCUAGAUAUCAACCAAUCCGCCACUGACCCUGGAGCUCUGCGUCACCACUCUGCCCUCCGGCUGGUCACAGAGCAGGAGAAAGGGUCUGGAGCCUCCAGUUGAAAGUGGGCAGAACAAAGGAAAGCGGAGUUCUUGAAAGGCUAGCGACUGCUUCACGCUACUGUUUUUAACUCCCCACAGUUUCGCAGCAGCCAUUCGGUCAGUUGACUCCCACGAGGCACCAGACCGGUCCAGUUGGGAAGGAGAACAAGGCACGAGAUGCUCACCGGUUUCCCGGAGGAGGCAUGUCAGCCGGUAGCGGUGUGCAGCGCGUGCUGCUGUUAAUUAUCCCGAUGUUUCUACUCGCGCUACAGCUCCUGGUCGGGCUCCGGUUGCCGCGAGCAGACCACGCAGGUAGCCCCGGGUCCUUUAAGGACGGGGUCGCCUUCACGGUGAUCAGCAUAGAACCGGAGAGAAGGAGCGCGCGCCAAACGGGAUCUUUGGAAUUUUUACGGGAUGAAUCGGGAGCGAGCCGCGUGUACGAAGAUGAAAACGAGAUGCCCAUUGGCGACCGGGAGAGAGGUAGAGGGUUUGAGCUGCAGCAGUGGGCAUCAGGUGAGCCCUCCUUCACUGCAGAGCUGGAACGUGUCAUCGCCUACAUUACCACACCACAGGUUAACUGUUCCCGGGUGCUUCUACCAGGUGAGUCCCAGGCUUCACAGGCCUCUGGAGCUCUCUGGCUGCUGUGUGUGGAAGGCUGGAGCCUGCCAAGCCAUGGUCCUCCGUGUGUAGCAUACUCUUUCAGUAUGGAUGAGGGUGAUACAGGGUUUCUGGAGGCUCUCUCAAAGGCCUGUGAUGUCCACAGAUUUGACCCCAGUGGUCAGCAUGGUGACAGAGCCAGCAGUGGUUACCGUGACGAUGGUUCUGGUGGGUUUCGACAGUACCGGGCAUGGCUGGACUGGCGAGCAGCGAGAGGACGCAAGCAGAAGAAGAAGGGGGUUCUGUGUAGCGGGUCCCGGACACUCAAGGACAUCAUGGAGACUCUGGGACAUCACACGGUAAAAGCCGAUGUGGACUUCCUGUAUGCUGACCUGCUGAGUGCUGAGUGGAGGGUUCUGCAAAACUGGGCAGAGCUCGGAACUCUGGGGCGCAUCCGUCACCUGGUUGCCACGGUGCACCUCCAGUGGGCCGGCUUUGAGGUCAGCGGGACAGAGGCUGAGGUGGUCCGCUAUUGGUUCAGCGUUCUACAGGGGCUCCAGGACGCUGGGUUUCGAUUGGUCCAUAGCUCUCCGGGGGCGGGAAAAAGCGUCCUAAGGCACAAAGUGGACAACGCACACAGCUCUUAUACACUAAGCUGGGUUAACACUGGGCUUAUACACUGAGACAAACACAUGCGCACACCUUGUGCACGGCUUACGCACGAACACACACAUCAGAAUAGUCAGUGGCUAUGUUCAAGAUCAUCAAGACCAUGAUGUGUCAUGGGUAAAUUGUGACUGACUGAUCUACAAGUAAUAAUGAGUCGUUAUUUAUGAUGCAAGGUGAUUUGUAGAUCAGUCAGCCGGCAGUCGCCUGCACUGUCGCAUGCAAUGUCGAACUAGCCCAGUCUCUCACCGUCUGUCAGUCAGUAAAAUUCCACUGCAGUGUGUCCCUCUGGUGGUGAAAAAAGGGAUCUACACCAGUGUUACCCAGUGGAAGGGUCUGGAACUAUUAGUUGGUUGCAACCAAAACCACUCCCUAUUGGGUCAGGGCUUUAUUUUGAAGGUUUAGGCAGGUCCCUCACCUAAAACCUCAUUGAAGCCUCCCAGCAGCCAAAAAAUACAAAUAAAUAAAUAAAAGUCUGGGCAGUGGGCUCAACAAAAUUCUGGGAACCAGCCAGGCACUGCUAGAGAUUAAUUAGGCUGCCUAUUCUAUUAACCCAGUACAGGCAAUACUGGCUGGCAUAGCUUGGCAUGGAGCACACCCCUGACAACUGUUGAAUGGUAAUAAAGUAAUCUAUUCUAUCUGGGACUUCACACUGCAGAAAUACAGAUCAGGGGUCAACGCCAGUCCUUCAUUCAAACACUUUAGUCACCUUUGCUUUAUUUAUCAUUAAGGUUUUAUGUACUUUUUAUACAUUUGUAUAAUCUACUUACGUGAGUUGAGCAUGAAUAUAAUAUUUCUUUGUGUUAUAAUUACAGUGUUAUGUGGGGUUGAUUAUCUGCCGACAUGUGCAAUGUAAAGACAUUUAUUGAUUUCAAAGAUGUUUUCAUAUUUUUACAAGUGCAAUAAAAACAGUUGACACCCCA